UUUUUUUUUUUUUUUUUUUAUCACUUUGUUCUUAGAUUUAGCUUCGUUUGUUGUAGUUGUUGUUGUUUGUUUUGGUUUCCCAUGGCUAAAAGAUUAGAUUGGGGGAUAAAAAGAGUAGUUUUUGUUUGGUUGUGACUUGUGAGAUUAAAGUUGGCUUUGUAGGGAUAUAAGAUUAGGCGACUUUUGUAGGGACACUGUACCGGAAACCCUAGUUUCUGAUUUGGCCAUGGAAGUAUCAUAGCACUUACUAUUGUCGGCUGUUUUUUAAUCUAGUUUUGUAAUAUCUCUUUUUUUUUUUUUGUGGGGGUUAGGGAAGAUAGUUUUGUUUUCUGUCAUUAGAUAUUUUUGUGUGUGUUUAGUUGUAAAUCUGAUCAUGGAUUUGAACGGUGAGUGUAAGGGAGGAGAUGGGUUCAUUGAUAGAAGCAGAGUCAGGAUUUUGCUUUGUGACAAUGAUUCCAAGAGCUUGGGAGAGGUUUUUACUCUCCUUUCUCAGUGUUCUUACCAGGUGACUUCAGUGAAAUCAGCAAGGCAGGUGAUUGACGCACUUAAUGCAGAGGGACCUGAUAUCGAUAUUAUACUGGCAGAAAUUGAUCUCCCAAUGGCCAAGGGUAUGAAGAUGCUGAGGUACAUCACACGAGACAAAGAUCUUCGGAGGAUCCCUGUCAUCAUGAUGUCGAGGCAAGACGAGGUCCCUGUCGUGGUAAAGUGCUUGAAGCUAGGUGCAGCUGACUACCUUGUGAAGCCUCUUCGGACCAACGAGCUUCUGAACUUGUGGACACACAUGUGGAGAAGACGACGCAUGUUAGGACUUGCUGAGAAGAAUAUGUUGAGUUAUGAUUUUGAUCUCGUGGGAUCUGAUCCAAGUGAUCCAAACACAAAUAGUACCAACCUGUUCUCUGACGACACAGAUGAUAGAAGUCACAGGUCCACCAACCCGCAGAGAGGAAAUAUAAGUCACCAGGAAAAUGAGUGGUCUGUUGCUAUUGCUCCUGUUCAAGCUGGUGAUGGUGGUCUUGGUGCUGAUGGAACAGCCACUUCUUCUCUUGCUGUUACUGCUAUAGAGCCUCCACUAAGUCAUCAUGUUGGGUCUCACCAUGAGUCAAUGAAAAGAAAUAGUAAUCCAGCACAAUUUUCUUCAGUACCAAAGAAAAGUAGAUUGAAGAUUGGAGAGUCCUCUGCUUUCUUCACAUACGUCAAAUCUACUGUCCUUAGAACUAGCAGUCAGGAUCCUCCUCAUGUCAAUGAAAAUGGCUCACUUCAUCUUCAUCGAGGUUUGGCGGAGAAGUUUCAAGCGGUGGCUAGUGGAGGGAUCAACAGCGCCAAACAAGCCCGCAAAAGUAAAGAGACCGAGAAAACACACUCUCAAGGAGAGAACUUACAGAAUGUCACCAGCUAUCCACAUUCCCUUGAGCGGUCACGCACGCUUCCAACAUCAGUAGAGUUUAAUAGUAGGAACUACCAAGAAGGAAAUAUGAAUACUCCCCCAGUUUCUGCUAUGAACAGAAGUAAGGAUUCAUCUCAAACUGAUGGCUCAGGUUUCUCUGCACAAAAUGCUUAUCCUUACUAUAUGCAUGGGGUCAUGAACCAAGUUAUGAUGCAAUCAGCAGCCAUGAUGCCUCAGUAUGGUCAUCAACUUCCUCAUUGCCCACCUAAUCAUCCGAACGGAAUGACGGGAUAUCCUUACUACCACCACCCACACCCAAUGAACACAUCAUUACAGCACAGUCAGAUGUCUUUACAGAAUGGUCAGAUGUCUAUGGUUCAUCAUUCUUGGUCACCAGCAGGAAAUCACUCUUCUAAUGAGGUGAGGGUGAAUAAACUUGACAGAAGAGAGGAAGCUCUACUUAAAUUUAGAAGAAAAAGGAACCAAAGGUGUUUUGAUAAAAAGAUUAGGUAUGUGAAUAGGAAACGCCUUGCUGAGAGGAGACCGCGAGUUAAGGGUCAGUUUGUUAGGAAGAUGAACGGCGUGAAUGUUGAUUUAAAUGGGCAGCCUGACUCUGCUGACUAUGAUGACGAGGAAGAGGAGGAAGAAGAAGAAGAAGAGGAGAACCGGGAUUCAUCUCCUCAGGAUGAUGCUCUGGGAACUUAAAAGAAACAUUAAAAGAACUGACAACCAUGUUGUGUUAUACCGAUUUGCUUGCAUCUUAUCAAACAACACAUGAUGAUCGACUAACACAGAAAGGGUUCUGCUGCUACAGCCAAAAGAACAUCGUAUUUCAAGUCCUCUCGAAGGAAAUGUUGGCUCUUGCGGUUCAACUUUGUCAGAGCAUUGAAAAGCAUUCUGUGGGUGUAGAUUAGUUCGUUGAUAAACAUAUAAUGUGUUUUUAUCAUGUUCACUGGUAUAUUGUGUAUUAACCUUUCUUCUCCUUCUAGCAUCAUCAUUUACUUGAA